AUGCCUCCACUUAUUUAUAAUAUUUUAUUUGAAAAAAAAUUCGAUGAUAUUUUAGCUCGACAUCGUCUUACUACAGAUACUGCUGUAGUAACCGAUGCUGAACGACGUGAAGCAUUUUUAAAUGAGAUAAAUACUAUUUUGUCCAAAAAAUCCAAGAAAAAAUAUCAUCUACUACCACCAGUCAUACUUCAACUUAUGCGUCUUCGGUUUCCAAAUGAUCUUGACAAAGAUAAACCUCUCAAAGGUGCAAUAGAUGUGUCUAUUGAUGAUUUUGUUCAAUGGACAAAGCAUGUGAAGUAA